CAGCAGGGAUACAACUUGGCCCCGCUGCUGUUCAACUUGUUCUUUGCCGCGAUGCCCAUGGUCGCCGUGGCCGAGUUCGACAAGGACCCCAAGGUGACGGCGGACAUGGUCAAGAUCGGGACACAAGUGGAGUACACGGGCAAGAAGGGCAGGUCGGCGGGGAAGAAGACGACGGUGGUGACAGACGCGGAGGCCUUGUGGGCCAUGCUCUACGCUGACGACGCGGCCAUCGUCUCGCGCUCGCCGGAGAGUCUCGAGAAGAUGAUGUCGGUCACCGCCGCCGGCCAGACGUACAAGCAGACAGAUCGGUUUGUGUACCUCGGACGUACCAUCUCCGCGGACGGGAAGGCCGACCGGGAGAUCACGAGCCGCAGCUGCCGAGCGUGGAAGUGCUACCGCCGGAACAGUGCUUCGAUGUACGACAGGCGACGGGCCAACCGCCAGCUCAAGAUCCGGCUUCUCCAGGCUGAAGUGGUGGAGACUCUCCUGUAUGGGUGCGCCUCGUGGAGCCUAACAGCGGAGCACUACACGAAGCUCAAUGGGACCCACCGUCAGUUCCUCACACGGUGCAUCGGCUGGAGCAAGCGGAAACGCUCAGACCGCCCCCUCUCCUAUGCCCAGGUCCUCAUCCAGGCAGGCUGCGAGGAAACCAUCGAGGCCACCGCGCGCAAACGGAGACUAUGUUUCGUGGGCUUUGUCAUGCGCAUGGAGGACAGCCGCCUCCCCAAGCGCAUGCUGUCAGGAGCGAUGGCGGGGGGCGCCGGAUACCGGGGCGGGCAGGAGAGCGACUGGGUGUCUCGUCUAGGAGAGGACCUCGUGGCCUUCAACAUGGGAGCCGAAAAGGAAGGGGGGAAAUGGAAAGAGAGCGUCAAGGACCCGGAGGUGUGGUACAGCAAGGUCGAGAACGGGGCGGCAUGGCUCAUGAGGAAAUGGCACAGGCAGGAAGCGGAAGCGUCCGCGAAGCGCCAGCGUGCGAGGGAAGCAGAAGCAGAGAGUACGGCCAUCUCAGGACCGAAGAGAAAGAGAGUCGGGGAAGCGGCGGUGGGGGGGAAGAAACGGCGACCGGGCACUGCUGUAGAAGCGAGUAGGGCGGCCGAGGCAGCACUUGUGGCGAACCUUUUUUUUUUUUUCCCCUCUCAUCAUUCGACUCUGUCGGCUGUCCCUCUGGCCCCUAACUUCCACUUCUACUAG